CACCCACCAUGCCAGUAACAUACACAACCAUCCCCCUCCAAAUAAACGGAGUCAACCUCACCAUCUCCACCAUGCACAACAACCUAACCACAAGCACCAAACCCCCCAUCCUCUUCCUCCACGGCUUCGGCUCCUGCAAAGAAGACCUCGCCGACAUCGCCAUACACCCCUCCUUCCAAUCACACGGGUAUCUCGCCUUCGACGGCCCCGGAUGCGGCCACACCAGCAGCAACAACCUCUCCGCCACCGACAUCCCCUUCCUCGUCGCCACCGCCUCAGCCGUCCUGUCGCACUUCCAAAUCACCCAAUUCCACCUAAUCGGCCACUCAAUGGGCGGUCUCACCGCUCUUCUCCUCGCCCAUCAACACCCCACCCGCGUCCUCAGCUUCAUCGACAUCAAAGGAAAUCUCGCCCCGAAGACUGCUUCCUCAGUCGCGUUCAUGGACGCGUUCAUUACUCGGACCGCGACGGCCAAAUCGUACGGGAGUCCGUUCUAUGCGAGUACGUUGCGGGCAAGGGUGCGUUCUGGUGCGGUGCGUGCGAUUUUCGAAUCUAUGGUACGGUUAUCGGAUGAAGAGGAUUUGUUAGGAAUGUUUUUGAAUUUGUCCUGUGAGAAAAUGUUCAUGUUUGGGGAGGAGAAUCGUGGGUUGUCGUAUUUGCCCAGGUUGGGGGAGGAUGAGAGGGUUGAGUUGGCGGAGAUUAGGGAGAGUGGCCAUUUUCCGAUGUAUUCGAAUCCGGUGGAGAUGUAUAAAAGGAUUGCGGGGUUUUUGGAGAGGGUUGCUUGAGGUGGAGUGACGGUUGGGUUGAGUUGGGUUGGGAUAGUGGUGGGGUUGUAGAAGAUAGAUAGAUAUCCUUUUUCAGUAC